CUUCCGCAUUUUCGUUUGUUCGCUUAGUUUCGACGUCGUGUGAGAGAGGCGUCAGCCAGGGCGGCCCGCGGCUCGAAUUGAUUUCGAUGACGACGAAAUGCGCCGCGGUUGGCAACAGCGGUACUGGUCGCCGGACACGCGGCCGCCUUUGUGGACGAAGCAGCGGAUAACUGCGUUUCCUCGUCACUUCUACGAGGGCGGCGAUUUCGAAACGCUGGAUUACACCCGUACUCGUCAGCAAGGAGAGCAUCAGCAAUGGCCCUGGUGGGAGCACGAGUGGUCAAGGGAUCCGCCGCCGAGUGUCCGACGUCGCAGAAACUGCAACGCGGUAAUGAUGACGUCAUCACCCCCGGAAGUGAUGACGGACCCGUUGGGAGCGCUCUGGGAGUCCGCCGGCUACCCCAGCUGUGAAGAGGACCUUGCCGCCAUGAGGCUGAAGCUGAAUGUUCCGCUCCCGGAAGAAAAAUGUCUCCUGCGCAGCCGCCACGUCAGCCCCGGAUAUGAAGACCGACUGAGGUCCUACAGAGGUCUGUCCGAGCGCAAGUCCCCACCCAAAAACUUCUUAUUCCGAACCUCAGCAUGGCCUCCGGAGCGCGGGGCCGCCUGCGACUUGGGAUCGCCGGACGCCGACAGCGUCCGUGCCAUGUCCCUCUCGUCGUCUGAGCCGGAGGACAGGGACCUCUCGGACCAGGACAACGACGAGGAAGAGUUCGAGGACACCAGUCCGCUGCUGGCCGCCGCCAAGGCCAACAUACUGGCCGGUGACGACUACGGCUCGGGCUCAGAAAACUCUUCGGCCGCGUCGUCCUCUUCGGACGAAGAAGAGUCGUCCGAGGACAGUGGCGUCACCGAGAUGAGCGAUCAGACGAUUCUGAACAAGAGAAUCGAACCCAACAACAACUUCAUCGACUCGGUGCUUCUGGGAAGUGCGGACUCUCAGUUGACCAGCGGCCUCGACGAAGUGACGACGCGUUUUGUCACGGCCGAACCCGUCACUGCUCUCAUGGCCAACGUACUGUCGCUGAACGUGGGCUCCUCGCCGACGACCGGCGACUACAAUGACUUCAGUCCCAUGAGCGAAGGGAGCAGCACGGCGUCUCUGGCGUCGUCGCUGACGUCAUCGUUCAUGACCGGAAUGGCAUCGAUGACGUCUUCGACCAUGUCCGUGGACUUGGUGAGCAACGCGAACGUCUUCAGGGACGUCGCUUGGAAGCCCGAAGAGGGCUUUGUGAUGGACAAGUUGAAGAAGACGGACGCCAACGUGCGUGAACGCGCGGCCGUGGAGGAAUUUGCUGACCUGAACAUGGUCGAUGGUGGAGACCCGUUCUGCUCGGAGGAACUGACACCGGAGGCUGAAGAGUUCUCCAGCCGAAGCAGCAGGAAACCGUAUCGCGAGGAAGACAUCAGACUUCUGCCGGACCUGCUGCCUCCUCUGAGGAUACUGGAAGAGCGUGAAAAUGCGUUGAACUCCGCAGCGGUUACCAAGGCCGAGAUCGAUCAGCAGAACGCGUCUCGGCGCAAGCACCUCCUGGAAGGCAGUGGUGGCGCCGAUAAGCUUCCCUCUUACUGCGCAGCGCCAGACGAGGACCCCUUGCUUUCGGAUGACGUAUCGAGGUGGGCGCUGCCGGAGAACGUGGCCAAGAUUUUCGACAAGGCCGAGCUGACGCGCGAGGCGACCACAUCUGCCGCGUCUCUGCUCAACUUCACGCCCGAGAAGGUGCGCCGUUCGCGGCUCUCCCUGCCGCCAUCAUCGCCGGCCCCGGCGGGAGCAUCGGCGAGGCACGGCGACGGCCGCCAGCAGGCCUCGCGGUCCGCGGGCGCGAGCUCGGCCGCCGGCGCCAACGGCAACGCGGAGCGACGUCGGGGCCGCGCGUCGCUGUCGCCCGAGCGGUGCGGCGACUUCGACGUGUACAACAUCGAGACGAGCAUGCCCACCAUCGACUGGGAGGCCAUGGAGCGGCACCUGAGCCGCGCCGCCAAGGAGGACGACUGGCUCGCUAGGAGACGCAAUGACCGUGAGGCGAUUCGACAGAAGUUGGCCAUGGACACAGAUGUGGAGGAGUCCUUUGGUAUUGAGCGCACCAAUCGCAAACCAAGUCUUGCUGUGAGGCUACAAGAAAGCAAGAACCUGCAGAUCUGCUUCAUGAAUGAAACUGCUGCCGAACUGGACUCCUUAGAGCUGGCUGGGGCCACCGCACGGUCCCAGGAAGACACUAGCACUCAACAGGCCACAAGUCAGCAAGGGAACGCCAACACUUCUUCUGUCGGGCUCCCCAAUGGACUUCUGAAUGCAAGCUCUGACGUCUCUCUGCUGCAGACCAGCACGAAGCCAGCCCAGUGCACGAGCCCUCCAAUCAGGCGGGGCUCACAGGAGGAAGCAGCUCCCAAGCGGCCAUCUUUCUUCUUCAACCGGCGCAAGAGCUGGCGUCAAAAGAAGGCUGAUGGCAGCGGUGAGGCCAAGAAAGAAUCCUCCUCAGAGUCCUGGAAGGGCGAGGACUUUGCCACCCGCCAGGCACGGCUUCAGGCCGAAGCAAGAGCAGCGCUGGCGCAAGCCAAGGAGAUGGCACGCAUGCAGAUGGAAGUGGAGCGACAGCAGAAGAAGAAGUCGCCCAUUGCCGACAUUGUUGGCAUUUCUUUUCCUGACAGUCGUCACCGGCUAAGCCGACAGAUGUUGAAUGACAUGAAUGUGGCACAGCUGCAAGUGAUUGUCAAUGACCUCCACUCACAAAUUGAAAGCCACAAUGAAGAUCUGGUCAAGUUUUUGCUGGAGAGAGAUGACCUUCACAUGGAGCAGGACUCCAUGCUUGUUGAUAUUGAAGACAUGACACGAUACUUGGGAGCCAAGAACAUGAGUGCAUCCCGUGACGGCUCGUCAAUGUCCCUCUCUCAACCAGCAAAGACAAUCCCAUCGAAAUGAAGAGAGGGCCAUAUACAGCUCUGAAGGAUGCUGAGAGGCAUGCCUGCAUUAUUUUCACUGCAAUCUGUGUUUUUUACGUAGCAAGCCCCCUUUUCCUUUCUUCAGUUUCUGACUCAAGUCUCGGGAGUCAGUGGCGGCCACUUUAACAGAACUCAAAAUUUGUUGUGCAGAGAGCUGGUACUUUUGUGAUGUCCUUACUUUGCCCAGUUUUGUGUUUGCUCUUUUGUGUUCGCUGUCUUAAACAUGGGUGUGGAGAGGGGCAGGUUUACUUUGUUGGCUGUCAAGGAAACUGUGAGGCAAAGCCAACAGUGAUUGACCAGAAAGCAUGUUAUCAGCAUCCUUACUCUUUGGUGCCAUGUUUUUUUUGUAUUUUUUUCCAAUGUUAAGGCCACUGUGCAACAGUGGCAGGCAUUAGUCCUUAGUUCUGCAUAAACAGCAGUCCUUACUCUUUUUUUUAUUUGGAAGCUUCCAGGUCUCCAACAUAACUCUUGCUGUUUGUUUCCUUUUCUUCUUUUUUAAAGGAAAGCUUGUAAAUUGCUCUCCGUAAGUUCCCAGGGUAGUGUAAGUUAGUGUUUUUACAUAUUUGGCUACUGCCUUUUUUUUAUGCAAUGUAUUUUUAAGUUACCAGUGUAGUGCGAAUUAGUGUUUACUACAUGUGUGGGCACUUUAUCAUUUUCUUGUGCAAGAGAAUGUGAAAGCACUGUUUAGUCACUUUUUACAUGUCCUUAUUCACCAGGGCCAUUUACUCGCAUGGACAUGACCAGGUCACUAGCCUUAGAGGCGCAGUCCCAAAGUAAACCUUUUUGAUUGAACGAGAGAGAUGUGCCAUACUAAUUCUGUGCCCAUCAUAAGGACCACUGCUGGCAAAUGGGGCAUGCGCUACACUGGGCUCAUUUUCCUGAAGCCCCCCUUUCAUGUCUUAUUGUACAUAUUAUUUGAUGUUGUGAAGUGUCCAGUUGUUGCCAGCAGUUCUCAGUGUCAGUGACUUUGUGUUAUUUGUGUUUGUGUAAAAUGCUCUUUAAAGGGGGGCCUGAAACACCUUUGCAUGCAACUCACAACCUUUGAAGCAGGAGUAGAAAGUUCACAGGCGAAUUAAAGUAGCUGUUUUAGCUUGUUCGCAAUCCACAUGAGCAGUAAACAUAAUGCGUUGUGGACAAGGACAAAGGAGUGACGGGACACACUUAAGUUGUGAUUUAGCGCCAAGUUCAUCCUCGUCAGCAACACUCUACGUUUACUGUUCGUACACAUAGGCUUGGCGUAUGACAAAGGCAGCCUUUGUUGUAAAAGGGAAUGAAAGGAAUGUGUGUCAUGGAUUGCUAUGCUGUCUCUCUGAUGAAAGAAGAGAGUUAUUCCUGAUAACUUAGCAACCUUUGAUUCUUGACAGCUUAACAUCCCCAAAGAGCUUUCAAAAAAGAGCUAACAUCCACAAAGGACUGCUCUAACAUAUUACAUUUUUGCUGAAAGAUGUUUCAGGGCCUCUAAACCCAUAUUGUGGCAUAUUGUCAAAGGAUUGCUUAUAUUAGUAGAUAUUGUUGCAUACACUUGAUGCUAUGAUUCGAGCCACUCCAUGUGUUCCUCACAUUUUGCUGCUAGAGCUACUUGUUUCCAUACUUCAAAAGCACAUCAUUACCUUCUCAUUACAUUCAGGACACUUGGAAAUCAAGCGCAUUACAGUAGACUCCCCAUACAACAAAGAUGAUGGCUCAUUGAGAAUUUGUUCUCGCUAUUAUAUAAAGAGUGGCUUAGCUGAAUACAAUGCACCUCUCAAAAGCUAAGCAAACAUUCUUUAAUUGACCAGCUUUUCAGUGAAUUCAUCUUAGCAGGUUUUGUCUUGAAGCGAUAUAUAUUCAAUAUCCUCGUGUAUAUUCGUGAAGCUUACUGAUGAUAAAUACGAUUAGCUUGCCUCUGAAAAGUGGCAUUAAUAUUUUUAGUCUUCACACAGUUUCAUUGAUUUAUGCACGGUUUUUUCGUAUAAAGUCCUUAAAACCCCUUCUUCAUGGCUCUAUUGCGGGACUUGGUUACAAGUGGCUAAGGUUUGAGAACUGCUGUGCAGCAGUACUACAAGGUGAGGCAACAAAAACCUUGCUCGGGCUUCUCUGAAUGCCCCAAUCAUUGCUGGGGAAGGACUGUUUUGCUUGUUGCAAAGAUUCUAGAACUUCUUGUGGACAAGCAUUUUAGAGCGUCUGACCUUCUCGAGCUUUCAACUUAUUUGAAACAGACGCAACUGACAAUGUAGUAAGCUUUAAUUUUAUUUUGGUCUCGUGCUUAUCUAUGUUUUAGAACACUGCCCUGUUUUACACUGCACUUGAUGCCAGUGGAUGUACUAAAUGUAACUCCAACACAACUGAAGACUAUGUAAUCUCCAUGUAUAAUGGGUUGUUGCUUCUGGUUUACUGCAUUUCUUGUAGAGGGCACAGUACUCAUGGUAUACUGCUAGACUUGUUAUUUACACACUUAUUCCAGGUUUUGUCUGGGAGUAGGUGGCUGGCGCAGUGUGUGUUUACUGGCUGUUGUGCUACACUGAAAGCCAAGCUAGGACAUUUAACCUCCGUUGUACAGUACGUAUAUUUGGAGUUAUCCCAUAAUAUUCAGCGUACUUUAACGAAGUCCUUGUACAGUACGUACGCUCGGAGUUAUUCUGCAAGUUUCAGCAUAUUUUACCACUUUCAUCCUUUGAUUUUGUAGUGCUCUGAAGUGCCAUGGAAACAGCAUCUGCAUAAUUCGCUGUAAAUCGCGUAACAUAUUUUUCUGUCCCUUCUAGCUGCAGCCCUUAAAUGAAAGUGAGGCUUCACGAGUGCGAGCAGUUCCUUCAGAAGUGUAGCGGAGUGGUCGAAUCUCAGCAUUUUUUGGAGCGUACAAAAAAUAGUUGAGUAGCAAGUGUGUGCCAGCAAAAUGCGUGAACUGACAUUGUGACUUGUUAGGGAAGUAUGACUCAGCACCAGGAAUUAACUGUCUGCACAGGCACUAAAAAGGCAAAAAAAAGGCAGUUUUCUUUGCCUUCAGAAGCAAUGAAGUCACAGUAAGCAACAGUCAUUUACAACCUGUGUUACAAUCAUUUUUGGAAUUUGUGCACUAAGCCUUUUCUACACUGUAUUUCAAGUGCACAUAGCCUUCUUCAUGAGAAGCCUCUUGUGUUGCAUUUGUGCCAGUGCAAGUGACAAAGACACCACCAAAGUUUUAAUAUGGCAGAAUAGUCCUUACCCUCACUUCGUGAGCAUCUUUGGAUUUGUGUUAAGUGCUGCAGAUAAAAUAGACUCCAUAAAAAAAGAAACACAAGCAACUUGAAGUACUCAAGAGGGUGUGCGCCCAUUUACUGAGUUUGUAUAUCAACUUUCUACGCAAGUGAAACAAAGAAUUCCACUACCAGCAACUACUAGUGCAUGUUCAGUGUGAACAUCGCUAACAGGACAAGCAGAACACAGAAAGAGUGGAUCAUAUGCACCCCUUGACCUCUGCACUGUGCUGGUCAUUGUCAAAUAAGCUCCGACGGGAUGCUGACUGGUGUCUACCAGACUCCUGCUUUUAUUUUGGCACUCCUGUGCGUGUUUAACAGGUGUACAGAGAAGCAGCCUACUACAGUGAUGCUUGAGCCACUUGUGUGUUUGUAUGAGGCUUCUCCUCCUGUACUAAUGAUGUGCUUUCGCGUACUCCACACUUAGUGCCAUUUGUGAGAGCACAGCCCUGCUGCUUGCGCUGCUGUGUGACACAUCGUUUGUACACAUUUAAUACCUCCUGUACUCAUUCCCUAAGCUUUGGGAUGCUUUCUCCUUAUGUGUGCUUGCCGAACGUCCUUCUAUGGGUGGUUGUGUGCUGCUGUGUGGACAACAUAGAAAAGGGCAUUCGUCUUGCUUCUUAAAAGAUGUUGCGUUAUGCGUGAGUCAAUGACCACUGUUCAGUUUUGUUGAGCAUUGUGCUGAUUUUCUUGUCUGCUGCUUUGUUUCCUUGAAUGGGCAUUGGAUCUUUGCAUGGCAGAUGUGCUUCACUUUCACGUGCAAGGUCCUUACAUGUGGUCUCAUAGGUCUGACCACUGCAGCCUCCUUGAUAUAUUGACUUCUGCUUUUAGUAAAAGGUGUCGUCUAAGUAAACAUCGACAAAACAUGGAGUGUGCACUGUUUCUUUGCACGAGUGCAAGCUGCAUAGGUAAUUGACAUCUGCUGUGCUACUGCAAGUUCUGUACUGAAUGUGUAGCACCUGUCUGUGCAUGUUUAAGUUCACCUGCAUUUUUAAUAUGUUAACAGCUUCGACACAAUAGUGUUGUGGCAUAAAGUCAUCGGCAAAGGCAGCAAGCAGUUAUGCCACUCCUUGUUCCGCAUUUUGUGAGUUGUUUCAGCGGCAUUGUGGGAAGGUUCUCCAUGUGCAGUUAUUGUGUUCACCUGUACUUGAUUUCUAUUUAUUAUUAAGCCAAGUGAGCGGACCACUCGUGAAAGGGUCCAUAUUUCUUUUGAAUGCUCUCGUCUGCAUAGUGUGUAUAUGGCUAGGGCACAAGAGCAGGAGAGUAUGUGCCGCCGGUUCAUUUUCAUGCAGUAAAGUAUGCCUAUGGACAAGAAAGAGCUUUGUUGAUGUGCCCGCCCUGUGGCAUGUGCACGUGUAUGGCGGCCUAAAAGCUGUGGAAUCAAUAAACGUACCUUUAAUUUAGGA